GCCGACGAAGGUCUUGAAGGCCGCGGGAGCCGCCGAGGGUCGCCACGGGCUUCCGAGGACGACGACGGCGACGGCGGCGACGCCUCCCGAGGUGCCGGGCGCCGGGCGCAGAGGGAGGAAGCCCGGCGACGAGGAGACUGCAGCGGGGAGGACGGCGCCGGUGCGCCGGCGUCGGGCGCGACAGCCGCAGGCGCCCGCGGCGCGCUCGAGGCCCAGGCGGCCGGCGGCAGGACGGGGCAGCGGGUGCUGGCCGCACAGCGGGCGGGGCGCUACCUGGAGGCCGCGCGCCUGGUGGACGCCGCUGGGGACGAGGCCCUUUUCGGCGCCGACGCCGUCAACACAUCCGCGAGACGCGGUCCCGCGUGGAGGAGACCCUGGAACUGCUGAGGGCUGCGGCGGAGAGUGGCGGGACCGACUCGGGCUGGCAGGAGACGUCUGGGCCAGGCUACCGGCCGGCGGAUCCUGUACAAGUACGACGGGUCCACCGGCGAGGCCGAGCUGGUCGUCGGCAACAUAACGCUGGAUGUCGAGCCGCUGAAGCUGUGGACGCUGCUCCGGGAGUUCGACCUCCUGCCGACCUGGAACGCGUCGUCCAUCGGCGUGGAUGUGGAGGCAAGCUUCGCAUCUCAUUGUGAUUUCUACCAUUGCCGGAACAAGCCGGUGGUACCCAGGUUUAUGAACCCAACGGAGUCGUAUUUGGAGCGCACUUACGUCGACGCGCUUGCCGAGCACGGCAAGUUGAUGGUGGUGGGCCGGUGCCCUGCACAGUCCACCUCGCAGCACUGCGGUCUGGACAUCCCACCAGUGCCGCGGAAGGUGAACCGGGUCUUCGCCACAUCUUGCGACGUGCUGACGCCGAUGAAGGAAAAGCAGGUCUUGCUGACCUCCCACAGGAAGCUGAAGACGCCCGUCAGAAAUUUACCACUGUGGGUGGUCCGGCAGGGCGCCAGCACGUUGACCAAAGGCAACGUGACAGGCUUCCAGAAGGCGUUAGAGUCGUGGGACGGCAGCCAGUUCGCGGAGCGCGUGCGCAGCGGGCCUCGCAUGGAGUACUACGCGCAGCUCCGGCAGCAGUUGCUUGCUGCAGCUGGGUAGUGACGGCGGCAGUGCGUACAGCGUUUGGUUCUUGAGGCGGGUUGACCGAGGCUGAAAGUGCCGGAGUUCAGCCGUCCUGCUACUCACGUCGCAUUGCUUCCGUCAAUCUGCGCCUUUUGCUUCCAUCCUCCCUUCCCAUCGCUCUCCUAGCGCGUCGGGGUUGCAGUAGUGCUUUGUGGACGCCACAGGCUGUCGACUCGUCCAUGCACAGCAGCC